CCCAACCCGAAAAGUUCUGCAUCAGUGAAAGACGCUUUUGGACCCCAGUGUUAUGACGAUUCCCAAAUGACUUUACCUGGAACACCCUUGCCAUCAUUAGUUCAAGAUUCAGGUGAAGAAUUCACAGAAUUAUCAACACCGGUGACACCUUUGGAAAAAGAAAAGGUUGCAGAUCCAGAGAGUUUAUUUUUUCGAGACGGUAGAAGAAAAAUCGAUAUGGUUCUUGUUUAUGAGGAAGAAGAGUUAGGCGUUAUGACAGAAGUGGAAGCUAAACGAAGAGACAAAAGGAAAAUAUUCCAGGAAAAUCUGAUGAAAGAAGGUUUAGAACUGGAGUUGGAACAUAAGGAUUUAUCAUUUGACGGCAAGACGUGGUUCCUCAAAAUACAUCUUCCUUGGAAAACUAAAACAAGAUAUGCAGCUGUGAUGAAUAUGAAAUUACCAAUUAAAAGAUUCAUUACUAUUUCAGUAAAAGCAUGGGAUGACAAAAAAGAUCAAUCCAUAACAGAUACUAUAUAUUCAAAAUGGCAAAAGAGAUGGAAGGACUUCUUUGAAUAUGAUCAUGACUUAAUUAGUCAAGAACCGUCAUUUUAUGAUGCAACUGAAGGUGGGGAUCGGGAAGAACAAUUCGUUGUGAAAGAUAGAGUAACAAGUUAUUCCAGUGCUCAAAGGAGUUUGAUAGUAAUGCAGAUUUUACUAAGGGUGAAAUUUGAUGAUACGGAUAAGGUUGGGAUACGAAGACUUCUGAAUGAUUCCACGUACAUCGCAUGUUUUCCACUGCAUGAAGGAAGAUGGAAUAAAGAAGCCAGUGAUGGAAAAUUAUUGGAUAGAAGGUUAUUGUAUUUGGAAUGGGCAAGACCAGGGAGAUGGAUGAAAAGACAACCUCUUCAUUUAGUCAGAAAAUAUUUUGGAGAUAAAAUUGCAUUAUAUUUUUGUUGGUUGGGUUUCUACACGAAAAUGUUAUUUGCUCCCGCAAUAGUUGGAACUUUAUGUUUUUCAUAUGGUAUAUUCACUAUUGAUGGCGAUGAUAAUAUACCAACGAAAGAAAUCUGUGAUAUCAAUAUUGCUGGAAACAUAACGCUGUGUCCAAUGUGCGAUAAGGCCUGUAAAUAUCAAAAACUAAAAGAUAGUUGUAAAUUCGCUAGGUUAACAUAUCUCUUCGAUAAUCCAGCAACUGUGUUCUUCGCCAUUUUCAUGAGUUUGUGGGCGACUGUAUUUUUGGAAUUGUGGAGGAGGAAACAAAGUGUUAUUCAGUGGGAGUGGGACUUGCAUGGUACAGAACAAGAUGAGGAACCAAGGCCCGAAUUUGAAACGAGUGUCAAAACAUUUAGAACUAACCCAGUUACAAGGGAUAAAGAACCAUAUUUACCGACAUGGUCCAAAGCUGUGAGACUAGCUGCCACUGGAUCAGUGGUAUUUUUUAUGUUAGUUGUAGUUUUAUGCGCCGUUUUGGGAACAAUAAUUUAUAGACUGUCUCUUGUAUCAGUGAUAUAUGGUAGUGAAUCUUUUUUCCUGAAAAAACAUGCCAAAAUAUUGACGUCUGUAUCAGCAGCUGUCAUUAAUUUGAUAAUAAUCAUGUGUCUUACUAGGUUUUAUCAUAGGAUAGCAAUAUAUUUAACAAAUUUAGAGAGUCCAAGAACUCAGACGGAAUACGAAGAUUCCUAUACCUUUAAGAUUUUCUUAUUCGAAUUUAUGAACUUUUAUUCUUCUUUAAUAUACAUUGCGUUUUUCAAGGGUAGAUUUUUUGAAUAUCCAGGUGAUACUGUAAGUCGAAGAUCGGAGUUUUUUCGAGUGAAGGGUGAUAUAUGUGAUCCAGCAGGAUGUUUGAGCGAGUUGUGUAUUCAGUUAUCGAUAAUAAUGAUUGGCAAACAGGUUUUCAACAACUUUGUCGAACUAUUCAAUCCAGCAUUCUCUAACUGGUGGAGGCGGAGGUCUCAUCGAUCUAAUACCAAAGAUUUAUCGAGGAAGCAUACAAGAUGGGAAGAGGAUUAUCAUCUUCAAGAUCCUGGCCGAUUGGCAUUAUUUGACGAGUAUCUGGAAAUGAUUCUUCAGUAUGGCUUCGUAACUCUAUUUGUAGCAGCCUUUCCGUUAGCUCCAUUGUGUGCCCUAUUGAACAAUAUUGCUGAAAUUAGAUUGGAUGCAUACAAAAUGGUAACACAAGCAAGAAGGCCACUGGCUGAGAGAGUUGAGGAUAUUGGAGCUUGGUACGGAAUAUUGAGAGCUAUAACUUACGCUGCUGUUGUAUCAAAUGGUUUUGUGAUCGCGUAUACUAGUGAUUUCAUUCCACGAUUGGUUUAUCAGUUCAAAUAUUCUCCUACUGACGAUUUGACUGGUUACAUAGACGCUUCCUUAUCAAUGUUCAACACUUCGGAUUAUCGAGAAGAUAUGAGAGGGGACGAUGAAAAUCCUCCAGAAAUGUGUCAAUAUAGAG